AUGAUUGGAAUGUUCUUAGACCUGCUCUUAGACCUGCUCUUAGACCUGCUCUUAGACCUGCUCUUAGACCUGUUCUUAGACCUGCUCUUAGACCUGCUCUUAGACCUGCUCUUAGACCUGCUCUUAGACCUGCUCUUAGACCUGCUCUUAGACCUGCUCUUAGACCUGCUCUUAGACCUGCUCUUAGACCUGCUCUUAGACCUGCUCUUAGACCUGCUCUUAGACCUGCUCUUAGACCUGCUCUUAGACCUGCUCUUAGACCUGCUCUUAGACCUGCUCUUAGACCUGCUCUUAGACCUGCUCUUAGACCUGCUCUUAGACCUGCUCUUAGACCUGCUCUUAGACCUGUUCUUAGACCUGCUCUUAGACCUGCUCUUAGACCUGCUCUUAGACCUGCUCUUAGACCUGCUCUUAGACCUGCUCUUAGACCUGCUCUUAGACCUGCUCUUAGACCUGCUCUUAGACCUGCUCUUAGACCUGCUCUUAGACCUGCUCUUAGACCUGCUCUUAGACCUGCUCUUAGACCUGCUCUUAGACCUGCUCUUAGACCUGCUCUUAGACCUGCUCUUAGACCUGCUCUUAGACCUGCUCUUAGACCUGCUCUUAGACCUGCUCUUAGACCUGCUCUUAGACCUGCUCUUAGACCUGCUCUUAGACCUGUUCUUAGACCUGCUCUUAGACCUGCUCUUAGACCUGUUCUUAGACCUGUUCUUAGACCUGUUCUUAGACCUGCUCUUAGACCUGUUCUUAUAUCUUCCGUGUGAGGACUGA